AUGAUGUCUCUAUCUUCUUUUGUUCAAAAGGCCUCAUCGCUGAUUGACCCGGCCAACUUCAAUAUUCCUUCCCUCUCCUCCAACGACAACAACCCUUCCAAGGCUUCGCUAUUUCGCCAGCAGUUCCGCCUACCCGACUCGCAGAACCCUUUGCAAGAAAUUACAGCUGAACUUAUCCUUCCUCUGCCCAACUCUUCCUCCGAUUCCGCGGAUGGUUCCCGCCGGGUAGACCGAGCUGGUAAUCGCUACACCGGCCGACUACACCUCAGCGAACGAUUCAUCUGCUUCUCAACACAGCCAACCAGCUUCAUACCCUCGUCGACAUUGAGUGCUUCAACCAGUUGGACUGGACAGACACACGGCACAGGACCUUCCGGCAAUGGCUUCACCUUGCCACUUUCCUCCAUCCGUCGUGUAGAACGACUUCACAGUGCUCGAGACGUGUUCUCCUUGGCAUUGACAACAUGGAACGGAUUGUUGAACAAGCAGCAAGAGCCCAACUUUUCACCCCAGCGACUUAUUCUCCAGCUUGUCGGCAGCAGGCAGGCCUGCGAAAGAUUCUGCGAUUGUCUGAAGAAGGGUCUGCGGGAGGGUAUGAAGGAGGUUGACAAUCUGAGGAGUAUUGUGACCGACUGCUACUCUGAGUACUUGCUUUCCGGCACGAAAGCGAAAGAUGCAAAUGAUGGCGAAGGGCGACAGCCUCCAGAUGCUGGGUUGGGUAUGCUUUUCCGCUAUCCCGGUGACGCUCGGAAACUACGAGAUCGCAGCAAGAUGAGACUUUGGGGCGAAUACUUCCGAGAAAAUGGCCGUAACUCUACUCUUGUGCGGCAACCAACUUUCCACAAGCUUAUCCGAGUUGGCUUGCCAAAUCGGUUGCGAGGAGAGAUUUGGGAGCUCACGUCAGGCUCAAUGUUUUUACGUAUUCGGUCGCCCAAAUUGUACGAAGAGACACUGGUCAAGUUCGAUGGCCAGGAAUCUCUAGCUAUCGAUGAAAUCGAAAAAGAUUUGAACCGCAGUUUACCCGAGUAUCCGGGCUUCCAGAGCGAUGAGGGCAUUGGGCGACUGCGACGAGUCUUGACUGCCUAUAGUUGGACCAACGCCGAAGUUGGCUACUGUCAAGCCAUGAACAUUGUCGUUGCUGCAUUACUGAUAUAUAUGUCCGAGGCCCAGGCCUUUUUCCUCCUCUCCGUUCUCUGUGACCGCCUGCUGCCAGGUUACUACUCCACAACAAUGUACGGAACACUACUUGACCAAAAGGUCUUCGAGUCCCUAGUGGAGAAGACCAUGCCCGUUCUCUGGGAGCACCUCGCCAAAUUUGAUGUACAGCUUUCCGUCGUGUCUCUUCCCUGGUUCCUUUCGCUGUACAUCAACUCCAUGCCUCUUGUCUUUGCUUUCCGAGUGUUGGAUGUUUUCUUCCUAGAGGGCCCGAAGGUCUUGUUCCAGGUUGGCCUUGCUAUUCUUCGCAUCAACGGCGAAGAGCUUCUUGAUAUUCAAGAUGACGGAUCCUUCAUCUCCGUCCUCAAGUCAUAUUUCUCUCGCCUUGACGAGUCGGCUCAUCCGAGAUCAGAGAACCCUAAGCUGCGUGCCAUCACCCGAUUCCAGGAGCUGAUGGUAGUGGCGUUCAAGGAGUUCUCCGGAAUCACGCACAGCACUGUCACCGAGCAACGCGAGAAACACAAGGACGCCGUUCUCGAUAACAUUGAGAGCUUUGCUAAGCGUACUUCAAUCCGCAACCUUGGCCCUGAGAGCAAGCGCCUGAGUGCGGAUGACCUUGGCACAAUCUAUGAUCGCUUCUACGAGGUGUUGUACCAGUGGCAACAACAUCAAGAACUCGCCGAGGAAGAGAGAAUGCGCAUGGAAAAGAAGAAGUCAGAGCGCCAAUCUGUGCUCGGACCGCCCGUAGAUAGGCAGGUCGGUCGGGUGGGUCUUGGACCCAGCCCUACUCACAUGGACUACGAUGCCUUCCGAGAAUUCCUGGCCGCGACGUCCAAGUGGGCUGUUUCUGACUCCCCUGCUCCCGCCAGGAAGGAUUCGUCCGCUCCGGGCUAUAGCAGCCUGAGAGGCAAUGGCAAGUCAUUGCUUUGGGCCAACCGACGCCAGCCCGCCGACCAUGAGUUCAUGCAACGGCUGUACCGCAAGUGGGCUACUGAUCCCGAGGAGGGUCUGAGUCUACAGAAUGUGGUGAAUGGCUUGGCACGUCUCAAGGGAGCUCGCGAUAUCAUGAACAACAUCAACUACUUCUUCACUCUUUACGAUGACAGUGGCAACGGUCAAGUUGACCGAGAGGGUAUCCUCAAAAUGUCUGAGGCGCUGCUUUUCCUCUCCCGGCGUGGUUUCGAAGGAACCAUUACUGCCACUCAGUCCCUGGAGGAUCUGAACAACCCCCGAGGCAGUGAUGCCGACCAGAACAGACUGACUACCGACGAGAAGUUCCUGGGUAGUGUCAGCGCCUUCAUUCGCCGCUGCUUCGAGUAUGCCGAUCCCAGUCACCCUGAUAACCAGAGGGGUGUUUUCUCGGAUAGUACCACCGAAGUAACCGAAAAACUCGAUUCCUUUGCAAUCGGUGAUGAUGAUGAAGAAGACCUUAUCGAUGUGAACGACGACAAACCGCAAACAUCAUCGGCAGCAGUGUCUUCGCCCCAGCCCACAGAGUCAAGCGAGAAGAGCCGACCCAGAUCCGAGUCUGCCAACCCAGCUCUCGACCCGAACAACCCGCUCCAUAUUACUCUCCCUACUUUCCGAAUGGUCGUCCUAGCUGACGAGCUCCUCGAACAAUUCUUCGAGUCUUACUUCCCGCAAUCCUUCCACCUCUCCGACCAUCCUCACCCCGCCUCCCUCGCCGCAUCUUCCUCACUCUCUUCCAACCUGACCACUUUCUCCAAUAUUGGCGCCCGUGCUUCCGCUUCGGUCGUUGCAGGUGCGCCCGUCGCCGGUGCCUCUGGAGGCAUUGUUCCACCCGGCAAGGGCCUACGUGGCGUCCUCGACAACAUUGUCACAGACGGCAUUCGCAUGGCCGCCGAAGUCAAGAAGCGCAUGGACGAUGCCCAGCGCGAACUGGAGCGCAACGCCCUGGGCGGCCGCGACGAAGAAGAUGACGAGGACGACGAUGAUGACUAUCCCUCCCGUCAAGGCGCAUCUGCUGCCGCCAUGGCCGGUGGAAUCUCUAGUUGGGGCGCCGGCGCAUACGGUGCAGACCCUGAGCGCCGCAGUGUGCGCGAUGCAGAUCGUGACCUUCUAGAAGGCGCCGAAGCCGAAGUCCUCAGCAUUCGCGCCCCCAAAGAGGGAGCCUCAAGCCCCAGGGCGAGAUCGCCCGCAUCAGCGCAUGACCCGGAGGUCGUUAGUAAGGUUGUCGAAUUUGAAUCCUGA